UGUCAAUAAAAUCAAAAACAAAAAGUUCACCAAAAGUGUAAAUUAUAAAUUGUAUUAAAAACUAUGCAUGUAACAGAAAUUAAAAUGAUUUAGAUGUAACAAAAUACCUACGCUUGAAGUAAACUUAUAAAAGAAAUUUCAAUCAUUACUUAGUAAUUCUGGGAUAAUACCAUGGAAUAUGCAAAUGGGAACCUGCGGACAAAAGAUGUGGUUUCUAAUCAAACACCACCGUCCCCACCAAAACAGAAUCUACAGGACAGCCACAUCUUGACUGUGCUAAUAUGUGCUAUCACUAUACCUCUAUCCAUGUCUUUAUGGAUCAUUAAUAUUUUUUAUGCAAAAUUUAUAAAUAGACACAGUUAUGAUGAACCAACAGUGAUAUCACCAGCGCGAUGGCUAGCUGCAUGUUUUGUACCCAUGAUGGUGGCAGUGUAUGGGUACAGAAGGAAGAGUGUGGUCCUGAGCGGGGCUGCAUUUGGAUUCAUUGUUGGUUUUGUUCUGACUUUGAGCAACUACUGCUUCAUGGUGGCUCUGCUCACUAUGUUCUUGUCUUCCUCUAAAGCCACAAAGUUCCGGUCACAUUUGAAGAGGAAAUUUGAAGAAGACUUUAAAGAAGGUGGCCAAAGGACCUGGAUCCAGGUGCUCUGCAAUGGCGGCAUGGCGACGCAGCUGGGACUGCUGUAUCUGCUGGAUGUUGGAGCUUCCGAGAGGCCCAUCGACUUUGUGAAGGACUAUAGAGCUUCCUGGCUCUCUAUUGGUGUACUUGGUGUAAUAGCAUGCUGCAACGGCGACACAUGGGCAUCAGAAUUGGGCUCAGUGCUCGGCAAGUCUGACCCUUACCUCGUCACAACCUUCAAACAAGUGCCCAAGGGUACCAAUGGAGGAGUAACAGUUGUUGGCACAAUCUGCAGUACUGUCGGGGGGUUGGUAGUGGGGUUGUCGCAGUACCUGGCACUAUUCUACUUCUCCGAGGCAGCCGCCUGGCAGUAUGCUCCUCCGCAAUGGCCACUGAUCGUUUUCGGAGCGCUAGCUGGAUUCCUAGGCAGCCUGAUUGACUCCAUUAUGGGGGCGACUUUACAGUUUUCAGGAUUAGACAAAGAUGGCAAGAUCGUGUCCCAUUCCAGUGUCACAGUAAAACACAUCAGUGGCACCAACAUCCUGGACAACCACAGCGUCAAUCUCAUCACCACAGUCAUUAUGGGCAUACUAAUGCCCACAAUUUGCAAAUCUUUCUGGCCGUUAUGAUCAUCGUAAUCACGAGAUUGUAUUGAUUUUUUUUUUACAAAUGAAAUACCUACUUCACCCUUCAAGGUAGCUACAAAAAAUGGUUGGAUGUGUCGGACAAUAUUUUUAGAUUUAUAGUUAUUUAUUUUUUAUAAUAUUUCGAAAUGCUACAUUAACAUUCCAACAAGAAUGAACUUAUUUGGAGUAGAUCGAGUAAAAACUCAAUCAGAAAUACUUUCAAAAUUGUACUUAAAUUAGCAGUACUUCUUAUUUACAUUAACAUAAUAUGUUAUUUAUUUAUUUAAUCUCAAUAAAACGCUUUAUUGUG